AUUAUUCAUUAUUCAGUCACACAUGGAAAUCACAACGAGUAAUCGAACCCGAUGUCUCGCGAGCUGGCUGCUCUCGGAAACCUCUACAGGGAACAUGUGCUGAAUCCUAUUACGGCUCUGGCCUUCUAUACGUCACAGGAUAACGGACAACAAUAUCUCUUAGCUGGAGAAGACACAGAUAUUAAGAUAUAUCAUGUUCAAACCUCUUGCUUUUGCGGCCAGCUACCCAUAUUCCAGGCUCAGUCCAUCCACGGAAUCUCUAUACCGUCGCUAGAUGCAUCUAAGCAGCCUCAUCUGAUCUUGAUCUGGGGCGGGCACCAUGUUAAAGUUCUAUCUAAUGACAUAAUUGAAGGUAUUAUUCAAGGUCAUGUUAGAAGGCCGGAUUUGUCGAAAAAUGUGGAAGCUAGGGCGCCAGAUUGGAUUUUCGACGGGAGGAUCUCGCCCUUUGGAGACGGUCGUAUUGUGCUACUUACCGCCCAUAACGAAGUUAUCCAGGCCCAUGUAGACCAAGACCGGGGUUCUCUUAUCUUCAAUAGUAUCCAGUCACCUUCAAGGCCCAUUUUAUAUUCGGGUAACUUCUUUUGGGCGUCGAGGGAGUGCGUACUCGUGGCCGCUGGAACGGUAUUUGGAGAGAUCCUUGUCUGGAAAUGCUACCUCGAAACUGCCGAACAGAAGCAGAACUGCGAGGUCCUCUCCGUAUUUACCGGUCAUGAAGGUUCAAUCUUCGGAGUCCAUAUUUCCCCUGAGAUCCAAACUUCGCGGGGAGAGACGCUGAGGCUGCUGGCAAGCUGUAGUGAUGAUAGGUCUAUUCGAAUUUGGGAUAUCACUGAAAGACGCGGGAAGUCCGGACGCCAAUGUCAAAACGGGUAUGGGGAUGGUAUCUCAGAAGCGCGUGAGACGGGAUUCGGAUACAACGUCGAGGACACAGCCCACGACGACCAGUCGACAAAAUGCUUGGCUACGGUCAUGGGGCAUGCGUCAAGGAUAUGGCAGGUCGAAUUCCCACAAAUCCAACCCUUGUCCGAGACCUCCAAUAUCGUUGAGCUUUACUCAUUUGGUGAAGAUGCCACGGCGCAGAAGUGGAAACUCUCUUUAGACAUACAAGCUCAGGGGCUCGACGUCUCUGAUUCUUCCAGUAAGCCCAUUAACUUGACUCACCAGUCUACUGCCUCGAAUCAUAGUGGGAAACACAUCUGGUCUCACGCCAUGACAUUCAAGGGUGAAGAUCUCCUCAUUGCAACUGGCGGUGCCGAUGGAAAGAUUGCUCUAAUAGGAGCUGGCGUGGAGUCUCUAUCUCCAGGAGUGACAGGCGGUGACCAGAUAAAGCCCACCAGUAGAGUAUCGGAUGAGAGGAAAAGCGUUACGUGGUCUCUCUCAGAUGUAAUACGGUCUUCCCAAGCAAAUCAUACGACAACCGACCCUGAGAAGUCAAACGGCGUUUCGGCCGGUCUAGCCUUGGCUUCGCAGGGCACCAAAUCCAAAAAUGCAAAGGAGGGGUUCAAUCGUUAUACAUUCAUCUCCGAUAGUCGACUUCUUGCUGCCACAAAUUCAGGUCGAAUAUUUGUUGGCGUUUUUGAGGAUGGACUCGCGUGGACAGAGCUAACUCUCCCUAACGAGAUUGGACAGAUAGUCUUCUCACAUCCUCUCCUCGGAGCACCAACAACCGAUCAUAUAGCUCUCGUUGGCACGAAUAAUGGUGAAAUUUACUAUUAUGGAGAAUCGGGGGGUGCAUCUCUUCAAUUAAUGACCAAAGUGGAUGGAAAGAUAGCAGAUAUCUUCUGCCUAUCUGACGCCAGUGUAAGGACCGGUAAUAGGCAUGUGGAUUUUCUCGUUACUAUCCUGCGCAGUACCAAUGCUAUCCUCAUCCAAUUCGAUCCUCAUAAUUUGGCGCUAAAACACACCGAAGUAGCCUUAGAACCAGGUCUUAUGGUUACCGCUGCUACAUUCACUCGGGGGUAUCUUAUUCUUGGAUCCAGAAAAGGAGUCAUCGUCGUCCUUAAACAAGGCGAUAGUGGCAAGUAUUCCGUCGUUUUCACUAUCGAGGUACGGAGAGAUGAAGCAAUCACCUCGUUACUCCCCCUUGGCAAUGGUGAUGACCAACCACACAACUACAUCUUGAGCACGUGUCGCGAUGGAAGAUACAGGAUCCACGAAAUCUCAACAACGGCUAGCCAACCCAACGCCAUACUGGUUCACGAGAUAUUGCCGCCGUUUGUGUCAUCUAUCGAGGGGGCUUGGUUCUCCGAUAACGGCGAUGGGACCAAGGAUCUCAUGCUCUGCGGUUUUCGGAGUAGUAACCUAGUGGUCUGGAACGAAACCCAGCGUCACGAGGUCGCCACAGUCGAUUGCGGAGGCUCGUCACGGAGCUACGCUUGGACUCCCUUGAGAUACCGGCAUGAUGGAUUUCGAUUUGUAUUUACCAAGGCGGGGCAGAUGUACAUCUUUUCGCAGACAUGUGUACCACACAAGACGCUCAAGCCAGGGGGCCACGGCCGUGAAAUUAAGGCGGUGAGCGCCUCUACAGGGCGUUACAUUGCCACGGCCGCUGAAGACACUGUGAUACGGAUAUGGGAAUAUAACGACUACGGCUAUCAACAUAAUGAACACGAUAGCAAUGACCCUAGGUUACGCUGUGUCGCGGCGCUAGAGAGGCAUGCUACGGGUAUCCAAGCCCUAAAAUGGUACAAAAAUGAGUACCUAUUUAGUAGCGGCGGUAACGAGGAAUUCUUCGUAUGGAAGAUCAACCGGCUCCAACGUAGCGACUUUAGCGGGCUUGCCGUUGUAUGCGAAGCUGUGUUCCCCGACCGGUCCGAAGUGGGAGACGCCCGCAUUACCGAUUUUGACGUGACUUGUACCGCAUGCGAUAGUGAUGGCGGAUAUGAAUUUGUCGUAUCUAUGGCCCUAUCGAACUCAACGCUACAGACGUAUACCUACAACCGUGUAUCAGGGUUCCGUUUACUGAGGAGGUCGACGUACACGGGAGCGUGUCUUACGCAAGUACGCCAAUUAGAUAACGACCAUGUCUUGACCGCAGCCACGGAUGGAUAUUUAGCUAUCUACUCUAAAUCGAACCCUGAAGUUGAUGGUAAAAGCUCGGGUGAUGCCGACGCUGCGCUUGCCGUCACAAAACUACACCAGAACACUAUCAAAUCCCUCGAUGUGCGGCAAGUAGCUAUCCAAGAUGAUGGAGUCUCGGAAUACCUCGUCGUAACAGGCGGCGACGAUAACGCGUUGGGCGUUACACAUAUCCGUAUCUCUCAUACCCCUUCUUCCUCUUCUUCCUCUGAAUCUCAAGGAGACGCAACAACCAUCACAAUCAAGAGCAAGUCCCUCAUCCGCUCCGCGCACGCCGCAGCCAUCACGGGCGUGGCUUUCGCGCACGUAGGAGGAGACAGCGCGCUCGUCGUCACGGGGAGCAAUGACCAGCGCGUUAGGAUUUGGCGGCUGCUUGGGUGGCAGCAGCAGCAGGCGAGGGCGCAGUUGUUAGACGAGCGGUAUAGCUCUGUUGCUGAUGCGGGGGAUUUGGAUGUCUUCGGGGGUGGAGAUGAAGAUAAAGAGGGAGAGGGAGAGGGAAAUGAAAAGAGUAAGGGUAAGGGUAAGAAAAAGGUGAUAGUAGUCGGCGUUGGUCUGGAGAUCUGGGAGGUGGAAGUAUGAGGUAUGGAAAAAGGUUGAAGCGGUUGCUGGUGUGGAAAAGGGGUUUAGGCCUGGUCGUGUCUUGGUAGUAUGUCUAUAGGAGAGGAGGUACCUACGCGCCUACUUAAAUAUAUACGAUUUUAACAUUGGGUCUUGCUGGUUUUUUAUACCGUCUGCUGCCUGUACUGUACCCAUUCGAGACGACUUGAGACGAUACGAGGGUAUGCUUUAGUAGGUAGAUAGAUCGUGA